AUGCGUGAGACACGCCUCCAGACCAAGAAGCGCGCCGAAGUCCGCAAACAAGUCAUCCUGAACAUCAAGAGCAAGAACAAGAAGCCAGAGGACGAAGACAAGAAGAGCAAGGACCCUGUUGACUCGACUACCGCAAUGGCCAACAAAUCUUCGCAAGAUUCUUCCGUGGAACAUGUUCCUACUGGAGUGUUCCCUCUACUUCGCCUGCCUACCGAGGUUCAGAUCAUGGUCUACGAAUACGUCGUUGAAGAUUCAGAGGAGAUCAUCAUGCUCGAAAACGCCCAAACUCCCGCUCUUGCCCGUGUCAACAGAUACCUGCGCAGUGCCGUCCUGCCCAUCUUCCUCGGCACCAACACUUUCCGUGUCUUCACCGAAGAGGCUCCUAUUGCCAAGGACAGCCAGGCAAAGGAAGCAAAGUUCAAGAUCCAGAAUUCGGUCAUGGAGUGGUUGACCCCUCUGGGCUACAACACCCCACUCUUCAAGAGUCUGGUCGUCCACUUUGGCGUUGAGAACCAGACUGAGCUGGUCCUCAAGUAUUCGCGCAAGGCUGGCUGCAAGAUCGGCAGCUUGACAGUCGGACACGAAGGCAGCUGCCGCUUCUGCUACAAGCUCGAGGAACGCUACCCCGUCUUCCCUCGCGCCAUUCUGUCCAGUCUGGCUUGCAAGCUGGAGUUGGGUUCCAUCAUCGACAAGAACGAAGAACGCCACAUCGCCAUGGAGAAGGAGCAUCAACGUGCCUCUGCUGAUCUUGAAGCCAAUGUCUUUGGCAAGACUACUGGUAUCAAGAGGGAUGCUUUGGCCAUCAGUAUGGCUAACAUCAUGGGUCUUGAGCGUGUCAUCAAUGAGGGCCAGAUGACGUUUGCCAUGGCUGUCCACACCAUCAACAUGAAGCGUCUUGCAGACACUCCCUGCGUCAUCAAAUACAAGGACAAGAUGUACGUUCUGCGCAAAGACACCAGCGUCUGA